GGGGGCUCCAAAAUCCUCCGGGAACCCCUCAAAUUCCAGGGAAUUCUCCAAAUUCCAGGGAAUUCUCCAAAAUCUCACCCCGAAACUUUGGGGAAAUAUCCCAAAUUUACCUUUUUUCACGGUAAAAAACCCGCUCGGGAGGAGCCGCCCGCGCCGAGUCCUUCGGGCCGCCAGGGGGCGCCAAAAGCGCGGGAAGCGCCCUCACGAAAAAAGGCGGCAACGCGGAGAUGGGGGGGGGGGGGGGGGGGGCUCCAAAAUCCUCCGGGAACCCCUCAAAUUCCAGGGAAUUCUCCAAAUUCCCACCCUGAAACUUUCGGGGAGCCUCCCCAACCUUUGGGGGACCCUCCCGAACCUUCGGGAACCCUCCCGAGCCUUCGUGGAGCCUCCCCAAGCCGCCGGUGCUGGGGGUGCAGCCCUGAGGCGGCCGGGGUGGCCCCGCUGGCCUCCCUCGGUUUUCCGCAGCUCCCGGAACUUUUUGGGGUUCCCGGAGUUUCGGGAAAGGCCCGAAAAUGUUUGGGAUUCGUUGCCCACAGGCAGAGAGUGCGGGAGAAGAUCGAGCGGGACAAGGCGGAGAGAGCGCAGAGGUUCGCCCCGCUGCCCCCAGAACCGGCCCCGGUGCCCGCCCAGGAGCCGCCGGCACCGCGGGAAUACGACGAGUGCCGGAUCCAGGUGCGGCUGCCGGACGGGCGGGCGCUGACGCAGAGUUUCCGGGCGCGGGAGCCGCUGGCGGCCGUCAGGCUUUUCGUGGAGCUCCACCGGGACAACACCGGGAACAACACCGGGAACGACACCGGGAACGCCACCGGGAACGCCCCCGAGCCCUUCAGCCUCCGCACGGCCUUUCCCCGGCGCCUCUUCAGCGAGGAGGACAUGGAGAAACCCCUGCAGGAGCUGGGCCUGGUUCCCUCCGCCGUCAUCAUCGUGGCCAAAAAAGAAGGGAGCUGAGGGGGGGACCCCCCAAAAAACCCCAAAUAAACCCAAAAAAAACCCCAAAUAAA